CCGCCCUGCAGACAGAUGGGGUGGCUGGUAUUGGCUAUUGCCAUGGCGCGGUUUUACAUGCAGAAAGGAACAUACAAAGGCAUAUACAAAACUAUUCAAAAGACACUUAAAUUUUUCCAGACAUUUGCUGUGCUUGAGGUAGUCCACUGUGCAGUUGGAAUAGUUCGCACCUCUGUGCUUGUGACUGGGGUCCAAGUGAGUUCAAGAAUCUUCAUGGUGUGGCUUAUAACACAUAGUAUAAAACAGAUCCAGAAUGAGGAGAGCGUUAUUCUUUUUCUGGUCGUUUGGACUGUGACAGAGAUUACACGAUAUUCCUUCUACACAUUCAGCCUGCUCAACCAUUUGCCAUACUUCAUUAAAUGGGCCAGAUACAAUUUUUUUAUCAUCUUGUAUCCUGUUGGAGUUGUUGGUGAACUUCUAACUAUUUAUGCUGCAUUACCAUAUGUGAAGAAAACAGGCAUCUUUUCCCUGAGACUUCCCAACAAAUAUAAUGUCUCUUUUGACUACUACUACUUCCUUAUUAUUGUCAUGGCCUCCUAUAUACCAUUGUUUCCACAACUCUACUUUCAUAUGCUGCGACAGAGAAGAAAGGUGCUUCAUGGAGAAGUGAUUGUAGAAAAAGACGAUUAACCCAACCCUUGUAACCAUGGUGCUUUUUACAGAAUAAUAAGAAAUGGAAACAAACCACUUCAUGUGAUCCUUAAGAGUCCAAGUUGUAAAUCACGGAGCUAGAAUAAAUGACUGUGCACGAAAUAACAUGGAUUGUAUUGUUUUGUAAAUGUGGUAUGUCUUCAAAAUUUGCUUUUUAUCCUUGGAUUCACUUUUGAUUCUUUCAUUUCAUUCAUUGGUUUUUUUCUUCAGACAAACUAUUUUCUUCCCAAUUUUUGUAUAUAAUUGACAAGUAGAGUCAGGAAAUUGAAUAGUUUGCCAAAUUCCUUUCUAUUACAAAACUCCUAGGGGUCAUUAAGAAAAAACAGAGUUGAUGAGAAAUAUUGGAAGUUAGUAUUCUAAAAAAACAGAUAAUUCAUCAAUUAGGUAAUGAAUUUUUUCACAGGUGUCUUAAAUUGUAUCCUUAUUCUUUUGCAAACACUAAUUUUUGUCAGUAUUCAGAAUUGAAAGUUUAGUGUCUCUUGAACCUUAUGAGACUAUACCAUUACAAGAAGUCAAGCUAACCAAAAGCUAGGUUUACAGUUACUUAGGGUCUGAUUCUGCCUCCUGUAGUCACAUUAUGUUGUAUCAUUCUUCCCAGUUAUCCUAUUGAAACUUCUAGAGCAGCAAUGGGCAACCUAGGCUAGUGAAUGGGCCAUAGGAGUGGUCCUCAUUCAUUUUAGUGGACUGCGAGAUUAUUGUAACCAAGAUGGUCUCCCAGGACAGAGUCAUUUUGCUAACUGCACUUUUUACCUAGUAUUUGCAGGGUGUGCUGAUUGAACCAUAGCAGCACUUUGAUUGGAUGCAGAAGGAGUGUAGUAUUUGCUCUCACAGUCAGUGUUGUGUGUGAUCAGCAUACACCUCACCUCACGUGGUCUUGCUGUAUGUGCAUGUCACUUUAUUAAUACCAGUAGGAGAAAAAACUACGUGGACAGAAACCAGCAGAAUCUGGCAUCCCUGCAUGUGAGUAACAGUAAACAAAAUGUCUUGUGGACCACAUUUGGAACCUUCAUGGGCCACAUGUGGCCCCUGGGCCGCAGUUUGUCCACCUCUAUUCUAGAGUCCAAUUCAACAUCAAUAAGCAUAGUAGAAGUGGACCCUUCAUUAGGCCUGAUCCUGAAAUGAAUGGGUAAAGUGUCCAUGCCAGCAGAUUCAGAUACAGGAUCAAGGCCUGAUAUUGCUUUAACCUAUUAUCUGCAGGGUUGUAGCCUAGAAUAAGCUUUUUAAAGAGUUGAACUCUAGGUUAUAUUUGGACAUUUAGGGGAAUGUACUUCAGUCUGCUACUACGUGAUGCCCAACUAUAGCAGAUAACAUGGUCUGAGUUUAUUUUGUCCUGGGGAAUUGAUUACCAGUUAGUUCUGAAUUCUAGAGUUAGGGAACAUGAGAGGUGGUAAGGAAUAACUAUGGGUGUAUAUAUGGAAAUUGUGGCUAUGGCAAAGUAUUUUAUUUCUUACAAUUAAUCAAAAAGGAUAAAAAUGGAAGAUUUUAAAAUACUGCCUUGACAUGUAAAUUGUGUUUUGAAUCAGCCCAUUAUGCACUUUUAAUUGCUUCUUCAGUUAAUUGUUUCAUCCUCUUCAUAAUGUAAUCAAGGAACAGUUUGGGAUCUGGUCCUAUUUAACAUCUUUAAUAAUCUGAAAGAUGAACAUGUUAAUGAGUAAUGCUAAAAAUUGAAGAUGUUAUAAACAUCUUCAUAGAGAGGUGAGUUAUAUAAUGGGGCUCACAGAUGUUAGAAAUACAGGCAGGAAUUUAAAACAAUAAAGUUGGAAGAGACCUGGUGUGAGAAUGGCCCACACAUUAAACAUUCAUUUUGCAAUAUGAGGUGGCAAUCACUGCAAUUUUGGAUUGCAUAUGCUGAAGUGUCAUGUCAUGGAGCAAGGAGAUGUGAUUUCCCCUUCAUUAUAGGACUCUGCUGAGGCCACAUCUGGUAUACCAUGUUAAGUUCUGGGUGUGUCAUAAACAAAAAAAACUGUAGGCAAAUUGUAGAAAGUUCAGAGACCAGCAACAAAAAUAAUUAAAAGCAUUAAAUAUAUAUAGCUUGCUUACAGGGAAAAUAUUUGAGGAGGAAAAGGAAUUAUUAGCACUGAGAUGUGCAAUGAGAUAUAAUUAUGAGUCAGGUGGAAUUAAAGAAUGAAAAAUAUAAAAUAAAUGUUAGGGAAAUUAUCCUGAACAUGAGAUUUUUUAAGCUGCUGAGUAAUAUUCCAGGGCUCAUGGUGGCAGCGUCUUUCUUGGGUAUUUGAAGCCCAAUAAGAUAGAAUAUUAGAAAACGAGUUGUAAGAAACAAUGUUGCUAUGCCAGUGGAUGGGGUUAGUUAACCUAAAAGAUGGUUUCCAUUUCUAGAUAUUGGAUUAUAUACUGUAACUUUAAAAAAGAACAGAAGCGUGUUUCCUGAUGUGACUCACAAGUUUUCAUUAUAUUCUUAUCUUAAGUUUGCAAUGUGAUAUGCCUUAACUUUGCCAUAUUUACACAUCUUGGUAUUACAUGUAAACUAGCUUCCUUUUCAAUUGUUGGUAUAUUGCGCUUGAGAUGGAAGAAUGGUAUUUCUGAAUAUUUGAAAACUGAAUAUUCUUAAUUUGUUAUAAAACAGUAUUGAUCUAAGGUGCUAUAUUAAUUUAUUAAAAUACAUAUUUAUGCAGCUGAAAUGAUUUACUGUAUUAAGAUAAAUCAUUUAGUCUUGUCACAAAAUACGUUUACAUGCUACACGUUUAGACUAAAAGUUUUAUUUAAGUGUCUUAUGUAUAAGAAAUAUUUCAAAUGCUAAUUAUUCUGACACACUUAACUUGCUGUUAGUUUCAUAUGAAACGCCCAGGCAGCUUCUGAGCACAUAGUUUUCAAUGAGCAGGCAGAAGGAUCUUAUGGAAUUAAUAAAAUCAGUCUGUGUUCACUGGUACAGUUUAGUAUCCUUUUACUGGUGUUUCAGCUCACGUAAUACUAUCACCGUUGAUCUAUUUGAAAUGCAUUGAAUAUUCCCAGUGCCUGAUCCUACAAUUUUAACUCAAAUGAGUUUGGCCUUUGGAGACUAUUCCUUCAAUUACGAGUUGAAGGGCUGAGUCCCAAUAUAGUAUUAUUCAUCUGAGGUUUUCUGUAUUGUGUAUGGGUUGAGCAUAUUGUCAUACAAGUUGCAAAGAAUUUCUGCAGGCAUUUUGAUAUCCUUUUAUACAUGCAACAUGAUUUAAUACAACACCAUUCAUUAAAAUUCCAAUGUUUGCUUUGCAUAAAGCAACAAUGUACUAGUCUUGAAUAGUGAUACAUGAACAAGAACAAAGAUUUACAGUCGUAGGAAAAGCUUGUUAAGCUGAAUAUUAAUAAACUUCAGACUCAUGUUGAAAAUAACUCUUUGGGUAUGUGUUUACUUAAGGCCAGACCAGUGAAAUUUUGGUGUGGACUAAUGGAGGCAAUGACAUGCUCCCUGUCAAAAUUUCAUUGACCUUUUCUCUCUUUCUGGAAAACUUCACCCAGUUCUAAUUAAUAUAUUUUAAAUGAUAUCUUCUGUUCAGAAGAACUGAGGAUGAAACCCCUGGCCCUCCUGAAAUCAAAGAUUUAAAAAUCAUUGACGUCAGUCAGGCCAGUUUUUUACUCUGUGUAUUUAACGUCAACAUUAGCAUAGUCUCAUCUUUAUCACAUAAUGAAAUAGUGAACCAACUUAUUCCAUGCUAUAUACAAUUGGCAUUAAAAACAAGCGUGAAUUUCAUAAGGUGCACUCUGUUUCCUUCUUGAAUUUGGCACAUUUGUCCAUCUUUGUAAUCUUCACUGCAGUAUUCAUAAAUGUUUUAACUUAUUGAGAACCUCUUUUUUUAUGAAAGGUUUGGAAUUGAAGUCUAGCACUGAAGUCUUUGACAUUUUAUGUUGUAUCGAAUAAACUUGUGAAUGUCAA